UCAGGAGGAGCGAGUGACUGCUAGGGGCAAGUAACAUCAGAAGAAUUUGCUCCCACAAACCUCAGAAGCGGGUUCCGUGCAUGUGGUUGAUGCGAGAGAUUCAGAGUAGCGAGACGUGCGUACGACUGCUGCUAGGAGUUCCAUUGUGCCACAAGUCUAACCGCUCGCUAUCCAUCAUUGUGAACCAUCCAUUGUGAACCAUUCAUUGUGAACCAUUCAUUGUGAACCAUUCAUUGUGAACCAUCCAUUGUAGAGCUAGCUCUCCAUAUCCACAUCCAUAUCCUCAUCCAUCUCCGGUCGUCUAUAUAAUCUGCCGUGCUAUCGUGUCUCCCUCACGCGUCGCUAUACGUGGUCCUUCGAACUUUCCACCCCCCCCGGCAUUCACACACUGCCAUCUCCCGCCGCUAUGUCUCACGACGAUUUUGUCGCCACGUGAACUGAGACGGAAGCUUGGCCGACGUGUAACCUGAAUUCACCGCCAGAAUGAUCAUUCCAGUAGUCUCCUAGUCUCCUGUCUCCGUGAGGAAGGAUCAAUCCUGUCGCCUAUUAGUUCCUCCUGCCCUCCGCUUGCCACCAGCGGCGGCCUCCUCCUCCUCCUCCCCCCUGCUGCUCCUCCAAUCGCCAAUCGCCGCCAUGGAUCCAAUCAGAGCCCCUCUCCUUCACGAAUCUCCGCCUAACGCGGUCGCAGAGCCAGCGGCAUGCGACGCGGCGGGCGAAUCGGCGGACCGUUUAGUCGACAGCGACCUAGUAACCACCGCCACCGCCAAGGACGGCGCAAGAGACGGCGCAAGGCACGGCGCGAGCGACGGCGAGGAUCACCUGGAUGACGUGGUGGUUCUGAAGCGCUCCUCGGGGAAUCUAGCGGCGCUUGGCGCUGCAGGCGGGGGCGGAGGGCGGAAGGGCGGAAGCGGAGGCAGGGCGGAAGAGGUGGCGGCGCUGAGCGGAGGGCACGGGGGAGGGGGAGGCGGGCUUUGGAGCGCGGUGUUUAAUCUGGCGACGACGAGCGUGGGCGCGGGGAUCAUGGCGCUACCCGCCACUGUUAAGGUGUUGGGCCUCCCCUUGGGCCUCCUCUUAAUCCUCUUCAUGGGCGCGCUCACCAACGGCGCGGUGCUCAUCAUAGUGCGCCUGGCGGCGGCCACCAACUCGCCGUCGUACGGCCACCUCAUGGGCACGCGCUUUGGGGAGCGCGGGCGCGUGAUGUGCGAGGUGUUCGUCAUGGUGCAGGCGCUGGGGUCGCUCAUCGUCUACCUCAUCAUCACGGCGGACGUGCUAUCGGGCACGUCGGAGGGGGGUCCAGGCGUGGUGCACCACGUGGGACUGCUGGAGGAGCUGGCGGGCGGCCCCACGUGGUGGAACGGGAGGGCCGUGGUGCUCAUUGCCGUCACGAUGCUAGUGUUGCUGCCGCUCGUGCUGCUGCGCCGCAUAGACUCCCUAAUGACGACGUCAGCGCUCUCAGUGGGGCUGGCCGUGCUCUUUGUGCUCUUCACAGCGGCGGCGGCCAUAGUGCGCGUGGUGCAGGGGCGGUUGCCAGCGCUGCGGCUGGUGCCGGACGUGUCGUCGUGGCAGGCCGUGCUCGCCAUCUUCACCGUCGUGCCUGUCAUGACCAACGCCUUCAUCUGCCACUACAACGUCCAGCCCAUUUACCGAGAGCUCAAGGACUCGCCGGCGUGCCUCCAUCCCGGUGCCACCAUGGAGCGAGCAGCGGGGCUGUCGCAGGCCAUCUGCACAGGGCUGUACGCCACGACGGCUCUCUUUGCUUACCUGCUGUUUGGGGACAGCACUGCUGCUGACGUGCUCGCCAACUACGACCAGGACCUGGGGCUCAGCCAGGCCAUGGAUGACAUAGUGCGGGUGGGGUACAUAGUGCACCUGCUGCUCGUCUUCCCCAUAGUGCACUUCCCCUUGCGCCUCACCGCUGACAUCCUGCUCUUCCCCCGCGCGCGCCUGCCGCUCUGGCGCUCGCAGCGCCGCUUCUUCUGGCUCACAGCGGCCACCAUGGGGCUGAUCCUGGGGUGCGGGCUGCUGGUGCCGGACAUCUACGCGCUCUUUUCUCUGCUCGGCGCCAUUGUCGCUGUCUCUAUCGGGUUCACCUUCCCUGCCCUGCUUGCCUUGCUAACCCCGGGUCUAACGCUGUCAAGCACGGAGCGGGUGGCGGUGUGGUGCAUGCUGGUGGUGGGGGUCACAGUGAGCAUCACAGGGGUGGCGUCCGAUGUCAUUGUCGCAUGCCAGUGGCUCUCGGGCCUGCACCAACCCUCCCCCGCACACCCCUCAAAUGCAUCGCUGCUCCUCAAUUCCUCGUCCCUUCCUCUCGCCCAAGUUUGGCCGGCGCGGCACUGAGCAUGCUGUGCUGUGUGAUGCGUGUUGCUUUGUGUUGGGGUGGGUCUCAGAGGUAACUCUGCAGACCAACAAGUGACACCAUACCACGCAGACCAAGCAGGAUCCCUGUACAGUACUGUACUCGAGAGUUAAACUGGCAGUGACAUGACAAGACGUGGUAAUUCCCAGAAAGUCAAACCAGACAUGAUAUAGACACGUAUCGGUAAGCUUAUUUGCAACCUUCAAAGCAAGCUAGUGCAGUGCCAUCUCUUUCUAAGCUGUGCAGAGCAGGGCCUCAGAUAUGAUUUUGGGCAUCCUGACCAAUCAGGGCUGGCCUCCAAAAAACCGUGUACCGUAAUCCCCCGUAAAAAAAACCCGCCGGAAUUAAGCUCCCCCGGGUAG